AUGUGGGUGGAAAAAGAAACAGUACCAGAAGAUAUAUUAGAAACUUAUCAUCAACAAGUACAGAUUCAAGAAAAAUUGAUUGCAGAUAAAGUAUUAAUAGUUGCUGAGAUACUUGGAAUCAAU